CUGGUGUUGUGGUCCAGGGUCACAUAUUUACUUGAAGCAACUUACAUAAACAUUCUGCAAGCAUUCAAACAGAGAAACUAACAACAUGUAGAUUAGCUAAUUUACAGGAACUCAACUUGAACUUGUCGAGUCAUUCCCAUCAUUUCCUGUCAUUCUUUUCCUUUUUCCCUUUGCAUAUUGUUAUUCUUCUAUAAUAAGUCAUUGAGUCUGUUUACAAUGAUUCAAGAAAAGCCAUUAUAUUUUAAACAUAUUUAUCCAGAAAAGAUUUCAAUUUAAAUUCUGAUGGAAUAGGCCAUAACCAUUAGAGUUUCCGCUCACAAGACUAUUUCCUGUUCUGCAACUUUAUUAUUUCACAACUUACUGAACCUCAGAACUGGCCUGGUUAUUUUUACACAGUUGCACAGAAACAGAAAAAAAAGCUGACAUCACAUGCACGCUAAGGUGAACAUGAAAACAUGAUGAGAGCCGCAGACUUCAGGACCUAGUCCACAGAGUCAGACAGUCGACUUACUCUUUUUUACUUAUAUGCAUCUCUAAUGUCAUACUUACUUAUAGAAGCAUGUUCCGGUGAACAGAACUGAAAUCUGAAGGUGGCAGAGCAUCAUAUUUUUAAGCAGUAGAGCAUCAUGGGUGGAGAGGCACUGGAUGAUGGCAAUAGUGAAGUGAAGACCCCUGAUGGUGGCUGGGGUUGGGCCGUGCUCUUUGGUUGCUUUGUCAUCACAGGUUUCUCCUACGCUUUUCCCAAGGCUCUCAGUGUUUUCUUCGAGGAGCUGAUAAGAGAGUUUAAGGUGGGCUACAGUGACACAGCCUGGAUCUCCUCCAUCCUGUUGGCUAUGCUUUAUGCCACUGGUCCUUUAUGCAGCAUUUUAGUGAAUCGGUUUGGAUGCCGUCCAGUGAUGUUGGUGGGUGGCCUCUUCGCAUCGUUGGGAAUGGUCUUGGCAUCAUUUGCCACAAGCAUCAUCCACAUUUACUUGUGUACAGGAGUCAUUACAGGUCUUGGACUGGCCCUGAACUUCCAGCCGUCACUCAUUAUGUUAAAUCAAUAUUUCAGUGAGAAGCGGCCGCUGGCUAAUGGCCUGGCUGCUGCUGGGAGUCCAGUGGCUCUGUGCUGUCUGUCCCCUUUGGGGCAAGUCCUUCAGUAUGAAUAUGGCUGGAGAGGGGGCUUCCUCAUCUUGGGAGGGAUGCUUCUGAACUGCUGUGCCUGUGGGGCUUUAAUGAGGCCUUUGGUCAAGCCAAAGAAGUCAGAGACCCCUGGGAUUAAAAACACACCAGAUGAUGGUAACAAGAAAGCAAAGCCCAAGCCCAAGCUGCUGGACUUCAGUGUUUUCAGAGACCCGGGCUUUGUCAUUUAUACAGUCGCUGCCUCCAUUAUGGUGCUGGGUUUGUUUGUGCCUCCAGUGUUUGUGGUGAGCUAUGCCAAAGAGCUGGGAAACGAGGACACGAAAUCUGCCCUCCUGCUUACCAUUCUGGGUUUCACUGACAUGUUCACGCGGCCCACGUGUGGCAUCAUCGCUGGACACCAGUGGGUUCGCCCUCGAUGCGUCUACCUCUUCAGUAUCGCUCUCAUCUUAAAUGGCACCACAGAUCUGGUGGGCUCCCUUUCUAAAGACUACACCUCUCUGGUGGUGUUCUGCAUCUUCUUUGGCAUCUCUUAUGGCAUGGUGGGAGCCUUGCAGUUCGAGGUUCUCAUGACUGUUGUGGGUACAGAGAAGUUAUCAAGCGCCAUUGGUUUAGUUUUCCUGCUUGAAGCCAUUGCUGUGCUGGUUGGGCUUCCAUCUGCUGGGCUCCUUUUGGACUCCACUGAGAAGUACACGUUUGUUUUCCUGCUGGCUGGGAUUGAGGUUGUGGUGUCAGCUUUCGUGCUGGCCAUAUGCAACUUACUGUUCAUAAAGAAGAAGCCUGAGGCUCCAGAGACUGCAACACAAAAUGGAGAGACAGUGCAGGCAAAGAAUCACUCCAGGACGCCACCUACAGAGGAGCCUCACAAGGCCGAUGGAAACUCAGAAAAGAGAUCCGAGAACAUUAUGAAAGAUCCAAAAGAAGUGGAAACAGAUCUUAAAGAUAAAGAUGAGCAGAAUAAGAACAUCACCUGUAGUCCAGAAACCGAACUCUGAUGGACAUUUCUGCUUAAGAAGAGGUUGAAAGACCCAAAUAAGAGGAGAUUAAGGAGAACCGCAGUGUUGAUGUGUGUCACUGUGUAGUCUGACGUGAUGUCCUAAUGAAUAUUUAAUUAAUAACAGAGACCUACACUGCACUCAUACUGUUCAAAAUCUCAUUUGCACUGCCUCACUGAGAGAUUUAGACAGGCCACUCUUAAUAUGUCUAACUCAAAACCACAGACACUUCUUUGACUUAAGCCAACGUUACCAAGGUUAAAGGUGCUGUAAGUGAUUUUUGUCAUGGAAUUGUAUGCAGAUAAUGAUCCUACUCACUGAAAUCACUGCCCUGAGAUAUCACAGCGAUCUCUGUGACAGUCCUAGUCAGUGUUGUGGGUAACGCAUUACAAGUAACAUGAGUUACGUAAUCAGAUUACUUUUUCAAGUAACUAGUAAAGUAUUUUACGCAUUACGUUUACAAGAAAAUAUCUGAGUUACUUUUUCGAAUAAGUAACGCAAGUUACUUCGUUUUCCUGUUUAUUCACUAACAUCUCUCCUGUCCAUGUUGAGAAAAAUUAGGAGCAAGGUGCAGAGGCACUUCCUUCAGCCUGAGGCUUAUUAAUUUAUCUUUUGGUGUGAAAUGGCUUUUACAGUUACCAAAAAUAUCUCUUUUGGUUUUUUUGUUAUCAAAAAUAAAUAACGAUAGCCCAGCUCAGGUGAUAAAAAGUUACACACAAUUAGUUACUUUUUAAUGGAGUAAUGCAACAUUGUAAUGCAUCACUUUUAAUAAAAGUAACUUUUCCCAACACUGGUCCUUGCAUCUAUAAACAGUAAAAGGAAAAUUGGCUCUAGACACUUUUUUUUUUUAAGCCAAUCA